AUGUUCCGACUCGCUCCACGCCUCGCCGGACGGCAGACAAUAGCGUCGUUGGCGUCGAUCGAGCGGACAGCGACGAGAGCAGCAUAUUCCUCGGGCUCCCUCUCCUCCACCAUCCGCCUCACCAACAUCCCGGCCCCGCAUUCGGGGGAGAUCACGGUGCUCUCCCUCAACCGGCCCAAAGCCCGCAAUGCCAUUUCCACCCAACUGCUGGGCGAAUUGAGUCGCGUCGUCGAGCAAUUACACGCUGAAGGCGAGAGGAGCAGCACCCGCGCCUUGAUUCUCGCCAGUGAGAGCGAUGAGGCCUUUUGUGCGGGCGCCGACUUGAAGGAACGCUUAGGAUUCACCGAGGAUGACACCAAGAACUUCCUCGCCUCCCUCCGCUCCACCUUUGCCCGCCUGUCGACCCUCCCCAUCCCCACCAUUUCCGCCGUGAGCAGCAUCGCCUUUGGAGGCGGCCUCGAACUGGCCCUGUGCACGAACUUCCGCGUCCUGGCCUCGACCGCCUCCGUCGGCUUGCCCGAAACACGUCUGGCUAUCAUCCCCGGCGGCGGCGGCACCUACCGUCUCCCCGCUCUCAUCGGCGAAGCCCGCGCAAGAGAUCUCAUCCUGACGGGUCGGAGGGUCAGCGGGGAAGAGGCCUACUUUAUCGGUUUGGCCGAUCGAUUGGUGCAGAUCAACGAGGAGGAUCUAAACGGCGCAGGCGUCGCGAGAGGGAAAAUCCUCGACGAAGCGGUCAACAUGGCCACGACCAUCUGUGAGGGCGGACCUGUGGCCAUUAGAGCCGCCAUGCAGGCCGUCAAUGGAUGGAAGGCGGGAGAGGGGAGUGAGAAUCGGGCGUAUGAGAUGAUUCUCCCCACCCAAGAUCGAUUGGAGGCCCUGAAGGCGUUUGGGGAGAAGCGAAGGCCGACGUUCAAGGGGAGAUGA